AGUAAAGUUGCCCGAUCCGCUGAAGACGAGCGGUGCGCCACAAACAUCCACUCGAUCCAGAGGAAAAACAGAAGAGAGAAAUUCAUAAUAAACGCACAUCUCAGAUGAAUUUUCUUACGUGUGGAUAACUAGAUGGAUCGAUGACAAACAACACUAAGAACGCCAGAAUGUUGUCCGAGCACCAAACCGCAAAGCUGAGGAGGACGAUACUGUGAGGGCGGAUCUCCUCCGAGGUUUUAACCAUCUCGGCGCUCAGUGAGGGAGAAACGGGUAUAACGAGAACCAGAAGAGGGGAAAAUGCUCCAAGUUUGGCCGUGUCUUUUACCCGUCCCACAACAGCUGCAGAAAAUGAGCAUGAAUUGAACGAAGAAUGCAUGUCGUUUGGGAUAUAUCUGUGAUUCUGCAAACAUUUAUCAUCUGCACGUCAUCAGCUCAACCUAUUACCUCCAAGCUUGAUGGGAGUUGGUGGGCGUAUAAGGACGUGGUCCAGGGAAGCUUUGUUCCAGUCCCAUCCUUCUGGGGUUUGGUGAACUCAGCCUGGAACCUGUGUGCCAUAGGAAAGAGGCAGUCGCCAAUUGACAUUGAGACCAGUCACAUGAUCUUUGACCCCUACCUGACCCCUUUGAGGCUCAACACAGGAGGACGCAAGAUGGGAGGCACCAUGUACAACACAGGGAAGCAUGUGUCCUUGCGACCAGACAAAGCCCACCUAGUGAACAUCUCUGGGGGCCCACUGGGUUACAGCUACCGGCUGGAGGAGGUCCGCCUCCACUUUGGGAGUGAGGACUCUCAGGGUUCAGAGCACCUACUCAAUGGACAGGGCUUUCCUGGAGAGGUCCAGCUCAUCCAUUAUAACCAAGAUCUCUACACCAACUAUAGUGAGGCAGCUAAGAGUCCUUAUGGCAUCGCUGUGGUCUCCAUCUUUAUAAAGCUCUCUGAAAACUCCAACACCUUCCUCAACCGCAUGCUCAACAGAGACACCAUCACCAGAAUCAAUUACAAACAUGAUGCAUUCUUACUGAUGGGCAUGAACAUAGCUGACCUUUACCCUGACACCACACGUUACAUCACUUAUGAGGGCUCGAUCACUAUCCCUCCGUGCUACGAGACAGCCACGUGGAUACUCAUCAACAAGCCUGUCUACGUGACGCAGAUGCAGAUGCACUCCCUGCGCCUCCUCAGCCAGAAUGAGCCCUAUAAAAUCUUCCUGAGUAUGAGCGACAACACCCGGCCCACCCAGCCUCUGCUACAGCGCUGCAUCCGAACCAACAUCAAUUUCAGCAAGCAGGGCCGAGACUGCCCCAACAACCGUGCCCUCCGCCCACAGUACAGAGAUUUCCAUUUGUUCUCUUCUUACUCAUACCCAUGGAUCUCUACUCUGUACUUCCAGUUGCUGCAGUUCUUGUCUGCUUUUUUUCUAUUUCCGCAGUGGGGUCAUUGUGCCUUGACACACUAAACUGCCUUCAACGACUGACUAUGAUUCAUGAGUUUUGCUUUUAUUUUUUAUUACUUAUAGACUGUAGUGAAAACUGUAUUUGAUCAGAGUGAAAAUGCUGCAGCCAGUCACCAGUUGAGUAUCAAUGUGCAGGUGUUCUGUAGCAGCAGUGAGGAAAAUACCUACCCAGUGGUUUGUUUUCUUGACUCUAAAAUUAUGGAAGAAAGAAAAGCAAAACAGCACAGCAAUUUUACACCACACUGAAUGUAGUCAUUGGAAUCAAGCAGAUGAGAAAAAUAAGGAGAAACUGAACUAAAUGGCUGAAAUAGCAGGCUCAUCAACCAGUCAGUCAGUCAGUCAGUCAGUCAUUGGUCUGCAAGACAAAUGGGUAGAAUUGCAAUGAUAUUUAAAGGACAGCAGCCAGUGAUUGAUUGGCUUGAGGAACAGACAGACAGAUCACUGAUCAGAUGCAGAGAUGUCAGGACUGAAGGUGGAAGGAAAGUUAACAGUGUUGAAAAACAGACGUUAUGGAGAGACAUAGAUCAGGAGACUAAAGCCUACAUUAGCCCACCAAGGGAAAUUUGAUUUGGACUGUACAUUGCAGUAUCUCAAUACAAUAACACAAUACAAUUACACACGGCACUAUACUAUACUGUAUAUAAGAAUUACUGCACAAGACCCUGUAGACAAUUGUAUGCCUUAAGUUGUUUUAGGAAGACUGAUACAGGUUUGAAUAAAUGACUAUUUGUAGCAGAUCCGCCUGUAUCUAGGAACUCUCACUCCUGCCAGAAGGUAAAAGCUGAAAUUCACUGUGUAGAAUUUGAGCAGAGUCAGAAACGAUAUUUGUGCUUGACUUGGUCAGGUUCUGUGUAGAGAUCCAAAAUGCAGUUGUAGUUAAGGUGAUUCAAUUCAGCAUAAAAAAGUUAUUAAGGAUGUACCUGGUUGGCUGUUUAAAUAUCAAACUUUAAAAUAUCCACGCCUGUUUGUGACAUAAUGUUACUGAAAAAAAUUCAAAAGCUGUUUGUUUGGUAUUAUCUGUUCCUACCUAAAUAGUGUCUUUGUAUGUUUAUAUCCGUAUAAUAUGUAAUUUUGAUUGUUGGUAUAAAAUAUUUUGGGUAUGUUAAUAUUUUGCACAAAAUGCAGAAUAUAACCAGAUCUGAAAAAGCAAUAAUUUGUUUUCUGCCUAAUUUCCUAUACUGUAAUUUUUCUGUUUUGCUUUAUUCUAUACACACAUCUACUGAAUGUCUGUCCUCCAUUCCCCCCAAUCAAAUAGCAUGCUCAAAAAUAUGAAUAUUUAGUAAAUAUUUAGUCAACACAUUGGUUUGAGUUUAUAUACUUCCUCAGGCACACAUUAGGUUUCUCACUUUCUCUUCACAACUUCCGAAACCUUAG